AUGUCUGAGUCCAGAAGUGGUGACAGCGUCGAGGAGCCACCCCGCACCAACAGCCAUGAGAAGAACAAUAACAAUAAUAACAACAACACUGCUAGCACCGCUACGAUGAAAACAACGUCCGUUUUUAUUGGACUCGGCCCUGCGGCCUCCAGCAUUUCCGACGAUGCACUACGUCAGCGCCUUGAAGAGGUGGCGCCUGUGCUUGGCGUGCGCAUCCGUGGUCGUUGCGCCUUUGCGGAUGUGCCUGACCCGGAGACUGCGGAAAGACUUGUGGCGGAGUUGGACGGUAAACUUAUUGGUGAUGCACGCAUGGCGGUGCAGAUCAGCCGCAAUAAAGAUAAGCAGCGUCCCCCCGGUAAUCAAAAUCAUAACAACAAUUUGAAUAACUCUGGGAGGACGUCGCUUUUUGUCGGUUUGGGUCCAGCCGGCGGUGCCAUCUCCGACAGAGAGCUUCGCAGCAAACUGGAGGAGAUUGCACCGGUUACCGGAUUUCGGCGACGCGGGCAAUGCGCGUUUAUCGACGUGGCGGAUAUGGCGCACGCAUCGAGAAUGAUUCAUGAACUUAAUAAUCAGUACAUUGGUGAUUGCCGUCUUUCUGUUCAGUACAGUCGUGAUAACAAGAGCUCUCGCUUUGGUGGCCGUAUGGAGAAGCGUAGCCGCAGCCCGGUCCGUCGUCGUCGUCGGCAACGUAGUCGUAGGAGUGAUAGCCUCGAUCGCCGCCGCUAUCGUCGACGCAGAAGUUACAGUUACAGCAGUCGCUCUAGCUCCAGCCGCAGAAGCAGUGUGGACUCCGAUGACAGCCGUGAAUACCAUCGACGGGACAGACGGGACAAACGACGCCGGGAGCGCAGCCGCAGUUAUAGUAGUCGAUCGCGAUCGAGCAGUCCAUCUUAUCGCAGGCGUCGUGAUUAA